UUUUUCGUCUGCAGACAAUAUACAUCGAGCUGAAAGCGCUGUUGCAAACGUUCACCAUUUUCAAUUUCAAAUGAGAAAUGCCUCGAAACUAUAAAACUCCUCCUGGGACAAGGCAGUAUGGGACCAAGUCGGCAUACACCGUCCAGAUGUUGGAGGCCGCGAUCGAAGAGAUUAAGAGUGGAAGAAUAGGACAGCGCGAAGCUUCCAGGAAAUACAACAUCCCACGACAAACACUAAUCAAUAAAUUAAAUAAUAAGCACACCAAGACACCAGGUAAACCAGUAGUAUUUAGUAAAGAGGAGGAAGACUGCUUCGUUGAUCACAUUAUCCACAUAAGUAAAAUGGGCAUUCCAAUUGGAUUGUAUGACUUGAGACUGAUAAUUAAGGGGUACCUUGACUCAAUAAAUAAGAAAGUGCAGUGUUUCCAAAAUAAUGUUCCAGGCUACGAGUGGGGGAAAAGUUUUCUUAAUAGACAUAAGAUUGCAAUAAAAGAAUGCUUUGCAAGAAACAUAUCACAAAAACGUGCUGCAGUUAAUGAAGCUAUAAUAAACAAUUUCUUUGACAACUUCGAAAAGGAGAUUGAAAAUGUGCCAGAAUCCAACAUUUUCAAUAUGGACGAGACUGGUUUCCAUGACAAUCCUGCAUCAAAAAAAUUAUUAUUUCCAAGAUCUUUGCGUCACCCUGAAAAGGUAUUAAAUCAGACAAAAACAUGCUAUACAGGUGUAUUCUGUGGGAGUGCAAGUGGGGAACUUCUCCCUCCUUAUUUCAUUAUGAAAGGGAAACAUAAGUGGGGUGAUUGGCUUCUGAAUGCUUCACCAGGAGCAAGAAUGAAUAUCACUGACAGUGGGUGGAUGGAGCAGGAAGUUAUGGAGGAUUGGCUGAAAAUAUGUAUUUACCAUGGCUACGGAAGAAUAACAUAGUUGGAAAAAAAUUCUAAUUUGUGAUAACUUGUCAGCUCAUAUUAGUAUUAAGUCUUUGAAAAUGUGCACAGAGAAUGAUAUCUCAUUUCUGACUUUCCCUGCAAAUGCAACACAUUUGUUACAACCGUUGGACCUCAGUUUUUUUGGGUCCCUGAAAUCUCAAUGGAGAAUUGUUUUAUCGGAAUGGAGAAAUACUCCAGAUGGCAAGAAAAAAGUGGCUUUGCCUAAGAGCACUUUUGUUGCCUUAGUUAGGGAAACUCUCAAUUUAGGCAGCCACAAUGUACAAGACAUUGUGAAAAAAGGUUUUGAGAAAGGUGGUCUUUGCCCAGUGAACCGGAACAAAGUAAUUGACAGUCUCCCUCUUUAUGCCAGAGAUGAAACAAAUAUAGUGGAUAAUGUAAGUGAUGAAUUCCAAAAGUAUCUGGAAAGCAUCAGGGAAAAGAUUUAGGGAUAAAGAGAGUGGAAAAAAUUAAAAUUCCCUCAGAGCCAGGAAAAAGUAUCUCUGCAGAAGAGGUUGAACAUUAUUAUAAAGAAAAAGAAAAAGAAAAGGAUCAAAAGAAAAAACAGAAAGAAGAAAGAAUCAAGAAAGCAGAGCAGAAGAGAAAUGAAUGUGUGGCACGAGCAAGAUUUGGUCCUAGAACCAGAGGAGGACUUCGACGACACAGCCAGGGUACAAUGAGACGUUUAUUGGAAAAUCAAGAUAUAAAUUGUGAAGAAGAUACCAGCCCAACUAUUCAAGAUCCCAAUCUACCAUCUACUUCUGUGUUUCCAAAAGCAGUUGAAUUGAAUAAAGAGGAAAGUUUAUCUAUUGCAGUAUUGGAAACGGACAUUCUUGUUGAUGACUUUGUAGUUGUUAAAUAUAAUGACAGAUUGUUCCCAGGAAAAGUAAAAGAAAUUAAUUUAAUGGUCGAUACUUCUAAUACAUACAAAGUAAGCUGUAUGUCAAAAAAAGGUAAUUAUUGGGUUUGGCCAGAUAGAAAUGAUGAACUAUGCUAUGAAAGAGAAGACGUGGUUAAAAAAAUUGACUCUGAUUUUAUUAAAUUAAUAAUAAAAGGGGAAUGUUUGAAAUAAAGAGAGACUAUUGUAUUCAGAGGAGGAAUUUGAACUGUACUGAGUUAAGCUGUAGACCUAUUAUGGGGGAAAAAUACCAUUGUACUGAUAUAAAAACUUCACAGUGACUUACCUUUAUAUAUUUUGCCAUGUAAACUUUUACUAAAUGUCUUUUUUUAUAAAUUAAAAUUCAUUCAUUAUUUAAAAAGUAGUGUUUUUCAUUUAGAAAACCAUUUGGUCUAUUUUGUUUGUUCAUAAAAUUAUCAAUUAGAAUGCUACAUAAAUGUUUUAUACUCACAUAUGAAAAGUAUAUAUACAAAUUCAUAUUGUACAUAUGCUCAAUUUACUAUUUUUUUAUAAAUUUAUCCUUUACAUUUAGAAUAAAAACUAUAGUAGGAAGUGGAAGACUCAUUAUUUCUCUUCAUAUUCAAGUUAUCAAUAGUUAUGCCAGUAAAAUGUGAAUUAAUUUAGCAGUGAUUUAAAUAUAAAAUCCAUGCCUUGGUACAAAGUAACCCCAAAUGCAAGUAUAACUUUGUACCACCACUUUGAGUGAAAUUAAUAGAGUAAUAUUGCUCUAUUGUAAUUAAAAGUGGCUUUAAUGGGUAGAUAUCAUAUUUUGCUUCCAGAAACAUUACAAUAAAAGUAAUUAAUGAUUAAUUGGUUCUUAUUAUGUUGUAAAAAUUUGGAAAAGUGGUACAAAGUUACCCCAAUUGAC